AUGCUAUACACUUCUCGUCCGAGGCUCCCACAGCCUCCAACUCCUGCUCUCUUCCCUCCCUCCAUCGUCUCGAAUCCCAUCCGCCCUCCAACACCGAAGCCAUCUCUCCCAUCAAAGCCAGCCGUAGUCGAAAUCGAAACACUCCUCGUCGCCUCCGAAUCUGCUAAACCAGCCGUCGCCAUCAUUGCACCACACGCGAGUGACCCGAAGCAUGCACAGAGCAACAAGAGAUCAUCCGCAAUCACAGUUACCGUCACGCCCAUCCGACCUGAGACGCCUUGUCCAUCCGAAAUCGAUGCAGACAUGGGGAAACACGUCUCUCCGGCUGUGUCUACCGUCCCGGAUGGCUUGAGCUUGACCAUCAGGCCAGCAACUCCAACCAGCCCAGUCCAGAUUCCCACGACCAAUGGCCGCAACAAACAUUUCGACGCUGCUCGCCCUGUGAGACGACAAACCGCCCCCCGUCGCAAGGUUCCGAAUCAUGUUCGCGCGCCAGAGUCUGUCUCUCCAUCGGUGGCCGCUCUGUUGGCUGUCACUGACAUCCCACGACCUCGACGAACGCAGCGGAAACUCCGGGGAACGGACAGGCUGCUAACCGUCGAUGCCAUCAUUGACAAUGAGCGUCAACUUUCAGAGAAGGAGAUUAGCUGGUCGUUGAGUCGCGGUAGUCCCAUGGAUGUACUCAUGUCUCCCCCGGACAGCCUAGACGACGAAUUCUUGGGCAGUGACUACGGCAGCGUCUCAAUGGCCAGAACACUCUCUAUCGACUCAAUGCCGUCUUUAGGUGACUCUUAUGGGACCGACGUCUUCUCGUCUAUGGAGUCCCCUCGAAGCUUGAGUCCUCAGCCCUUACAUCGGAGAAAGGCCAGUCCCAUGCGUAAGUCGUUUGGGCCCAUCCGCUCUCCUCCCAACAGCAUCGAUGAGCAUCCGCUCUCAGCGCCCCCGCUGGAUGAAGAUGACCUGGACUCGUUGAGCCUCAAUAGCUCAGAGACCGAGCAAUCGAUUUCUCAAGCGUUUAUUCCGUUCAAGCCCCUGAGGGCUGUCUUCAAGUCCAAUCUUACGGCAUCACUACGUGCACUGCGAUCGGCGGCAAAGUCGUUUUCAAGCAUCAACUUCCCAUCCAUCCCGCCAGAUGAUCUCAUUACGCGAUCCAUCCUCACCAUGGACCCCGAGGUGCCGUAUGCCGAUGAGCGCCGACCACCCGUUACAGAAGAGAUCCCAUCAGCUGAGCUACGCCGCUAUCUUAACCCGACCACAAGGCUGUCGCGUGAGACACAGUCUCGACCUCUGCAGCAGCCAGGCACUUUUGUCGCAUCAAUUCAGAUGCAGACCUACAAGAUUCAGCGAUCCCGGCCCACAGACGCGCCGGCACGCAAAUCAUACCCAUCCAUCUCACCGCUUUCUCCGCCGCCUCCCGUAAACGAGGCCCCUUCUACUUCGACCCGAGACGCGACUCCACCUCUUCCGGCUGUGCGACAGCGAGAGAUGCGAGAAAAUCCCGACUUUAUUCGAAUUGCCGUCAUGGAGAUGAUUAUGCGCCGACGAGGCAAGCUGGACAACAGCAAGCCUGGCCGUGCUCGAUGGGCACUACCACCCAGGAAAACAUCGGCCAAGCCGUAUGAGAUUGGAGCCAGUGGUGUUCCAGAACGAUGGGUUCCUCUGUCAAUGGCUGACUAG